UGGCGUAAUUCCACAUCAUUCGAGUAGUUACUCAACUGUUCGCGUUGUGAAUACGUCGCGGAUCUACGCUCGGGUCGUUUAAUCAUAAGACACGUAACUUAGCUUAGCUGACGUUAAGUUUUGGUGUGAAAGCUAACGUUACAGUCAACGCUGGCUGGCUUGGGAGCUCCCGAAACCUCCUCGGUGUGCAUUGGUUCCCUUGAGACCGAGAGUGGUGUUUGCUUCGUUUGAUUUACUGAUGUGCGACAAGUGAAACUGCGACGAGAAAGUGACAACUUUCAGAAAAUCUCACUAAGUGCUCGCGCUAAUUCCACUUGUGUUGAAACUCGUGAAGUAUCAGCCACACAGGUAGCUGUGGAUAUCACGCAGCAGCUCUGGACACAUAUGAGACCACUGUCCUGCAGAUGAGCCAUCGGUGGGGGCUUUCAAGGCGCUGUCGCAGACCCAGAUAGUUCCUGGCGACAGCGGCUCCGCCCCCCCAACUCCCCAUUAUGCCCAACAACAGUCGGGCGGGGAGCCUGAAGGACCCCGAAACUGCUGAGCUCUUCUUCAAGGAGGACCCAGAAAAGCUGUACUCAGAUCUGCGAGAGAUCGGACAUGGCAGCUUUGGUGCUGUAUAUUUUGCACGGGAUGUGCGGACAAAUGAGGUGGUGGCCAUCAAGAAGAUGUCUUACAGUGGAAAGCAGUCCACCGAGAAAUGGCAAGACAUAAUCAAGGAGGUGAAAUUCCUGCAGAGAAUACAGCACCCAAACAGCAUAGAGUACAAAGGAUGUUACCUGCGAGAGCACACUGCCUGGCUGGUGAUGGAGUAUUGUCUCGGCUCUGCUUCAGAUUUGUUGGAAGUUCACAAGAAACCUCUGCAAGAAGUUGAAAUAGCUGCAAUUACCCACGGUGCUCUUCAAGGGUUGGCUUAUCUUCACUCCCACAACUUGAUUCAUCGAGAUAUCAAGGCAGGUAACGUCUUGCUGACGGAGCCAGGACAGGUAAAACUAGCAGAUUUUGGUUCUGCCUCCAUUGCCUGUCCUGCCAACUCCUUUGUUGGGACUCCAUAUUGGAUGGCCCCAGAAGUAAUUUUAGCUAUGGAUGAAGGCCAGUAUGAUGGAAAGGUGGACAUUUGGUCCUUGGGAAUAACCUGCAUUGAAUUAGCUGAGAGGAAGCCUCCACUGUUCAACAUGAAUGCAAUGAGUGCCUUAUACCAUAUAGCACAGAAUGAGAGUCCCGCGCUGCAGUCCAGUGAAUGGACAGAAUAUUUCAGAAAUUUUGUAGAUUCUUGCCUUCAGAAAUGUCCCCAGGACAGGCCGAACUCUGAGGAGCUCUUAAAGCAUGCAUUUGUCCAGCGUGAGCGUCCAGAAUCCGUUCUAAUAGACCUGAUAAGUCGGACUAAGGACGCGGUGCGAGAGCUCGACAAUCUGCAGUAUCGGAAAAUGAAGAAGAUCUUGUUUCACGAAGCCCACAAUGGCCCCACAACCGAAGCACAGGAUGACGACGAGGAUCCAGAGCACAGCGUGGGUAGAACGGGUACAGUGAACAGCGUGGGGAGCAACCAAUCCAUACCUAGCAUGUCAAUCAGUGCCAGCUCCCAGAGCAGCUCUGUAAACAGCCUCACAGAUGCAGGCGAUGACAAGAGUGAGGUGGACAUGGAGGGCGAUCACACGGUCAUGUCCAACAGCUCGGUGAUCCGCCUCAAACCGGAAGAGGAGACAUACAAUGAAGAGUCAGAGCCUAACACCCGGCCGACUGAGCCUCAGUCCCCGCCUGCACACACUCCACGGCCAAAACGGAACCGCGAACACUUUGCUACUAUACGCACAGCCUCAGUGCUCACUCGCCAGAUUAAGGAGCACGAGCAAGAUUCAGAGUUAAGAGAGCAGAUAUUGGGCUACAAGCGCAUGAGGCGGCAGCACCAGAAACAGCUGAUGGCUCUGGAAAACAAGCUGAAAGCUGAGAUGGAUGAGCACAGGCUUCGCCUGGACAAGGAGCUGGAGAACCAGAGGAACAGCUUUGCCCAGGAGAUGGAGAAACUGAUCAAGAAGCACUUGGUGUCCAUGGAGAAAGAUGUAAAAACUUUUACCAAUGAUGAGAAGAAGUUCCAGCAACAUAUUCAGAGUCAGCAGAAGAAGGAGCUCAACAGCUUCCUCGAAUCCCAGAAACGGGAGUACAAACUUCGCAAGGAACAACUUAAAGAGGAGUUGAAUGAAAACCAGUCGACAACCAAGAAAGAAAAGCAGGAGUGGUUGUCUAAGCAAAAGGAGAACUUCCAACACUUCCAAGCCGAGGAAGAGGCCAACUUGGCGCGGAGACAGAGGCAGUACCUGGACCUGGAGUGCCGCAGGUUUAAACGGAGGAUCUUGAUUGCUCGCCACAAUAUUGAACAGGACUUAGUGCGUGAGGAGCUGAACAAACGUCAGACCCAGAAGGACUUGGAACACGCCAUGCUUCUCCGCCACCAUGAGUCCAUGCAAGAACUGGAGUUCCGCCAGCUCAACAACAUCCAAAAGACGAGGGCUGAGCUCAUCCGCCUGCAGCACCAGACGGAGCUCACCAAUCAGCAGGAGUACAACAAGAGGAGGGAGCGGGAGCUUCGGCGCAAACACGUCAUGGAGGUUCGCCAGCAGCCCAAGAGCCUCAGGUCCAAAGAGCUACAGAUUAAGAAGCAGUUCCAGGACACGUGUAAGAUCCAGACCAGGCAGUACAAAGCGCUGAGGAAUCAUCUGUUCGAAACCACGCCAAAGUUGGAGCACAAGGCUGUCCUUAAUCGUCUGAAGCAUGAGCAGCACCGCAAACUUGCCAUCUUGGCCGAGCAGUAUGACCACUCCAUCAAUGAGAUGCUUUCCAAUCAGGCGCUUCGUCUGGAUGAGACUCAGGAGGCUCAGUGCCAAGGCCUGCGAAUGCAGCUCCAGCAGGAGUUGGAGCUUCUCAACGCCUACCAGAGCAAGAUCAAGAUGCAGACGGAUGCCCAACAUGAGCGUGAGAGAAAGGACCUGGAGCAGAGGGUGUCACUCCGGAGGGCCCUGCUGGAACAGAAGAUUGAGGAGGAGAUGCUGUCAUUGGAGAACGAACGCUCGGAGCGAAUCCGGAGCCUGCUGGAACGUCAAGCCAGAGAAAUUGAGGCUUUCGACUCCGAGAGCAUGCGCCUGGGCUUCAGCAACAUGGUGCUAUCAAACAUCUCCCCAGAUGCUCUCAGCAAUAGCUUCCCUGGGGCUCCAGCUAGUUGGAGUCAGCAACAGCAACCGUCUGGAAGCUCUCCAGGCUCACAGUGGGGCAGUGGCGGUUCGGGCUUAGGGUCGAGCCACCAUGGCAGCCAUCACCACUAUCACUCGAGUCCGGGAGGGGCACCCAUGCAGCAAGGCUGGGGGCAGGGAGGGGGGGUUCCAUCCCCGUGGGGCCACUCCCCAGCAGCAAGCCUGGUCUCCCGCAGCGGUGGAGGUGUACAGAACAGCCCCCAGGCAAUGGGGAGGACACCCUCAGGAGGGCGCAGUGAGCAGAGCAUGAGCAGGAGUACCAGUGUCACCUCUCAAAUAUCUAAUGGGUCACACCUCUCCUACACAUAGAUCCCCCGUCAGCCUUGGGGUCCGAUUUGAACGCGGAGGUGUAACGCAGACACCGCAGGACAGAAUGUUGGCAGAGCGCCGCUGCUCUGUGUCUCUCUGCAUUCCUCCCAUGUACAGAUGUGGAUGUGCGAUGAAAUAAAUGUUGCUCAGGUCAAAGGGGCUGGUGGAGACGCAGCCCGUCCUCACGGCAGUUUAUCGACACACGCACGCAGAUCCUUACAUUUAUGUUACAUAAGAAAUGUAAGUGUCGACACAUAAUGCUCCCAUUUUUUGUUUUUUUGUUGCAGUUUUCCCUCUGAAUUUUAUUACAUGUAUGUUCUGUGCUUUUCACAGCCAUUGCUCUCACUUUGCACAUGAAACACUGUUAAAAAGCGUUCGACAUGUGUAAUCGAUGUCCGGUAAAAUGUGGUUUCAAACAAUCAGAACUAAUUUUAUUUAGGACCCCCUUCGCUCUCCCGAUUCUUAUUCUGUUAAAUGCUGGUCCAUAUUCUGACGGUGGUUAAAAAAGCGGCCAACCUAACUAAAGAUGGUACCAGCCUGCUGUAAUGGUCAUUGUGAUAAUUAGAUUUCUCCUUUCAUUCAGUACUUUUAUUUGACCAGAUUUCCUGGUCAGCAGCCAAAAUGAGACGUCACAAAUUCAGAGCCAAAUAAACCAACCGUAAGCGUUUCAGGCUUAUGUUACAACACAACAACAGUGCCUUUAAUCCGUGAUAAUAAAAGAAUCCAUCUCAGAUGUUUAUAGUUUGAUAUUUUAAAUGUCAUCAUUAGCUUGUAACAGAUUUAUUUUUUAUUUUAGUUACAGAGAUCUGAAAAUACGUUUGUCAGAUUAUUAUACUUACUGUGUAUGCAGUAAAGUUGGUUAAAGUCUUAUAAAUGGUGAGAAAUAGAAAAAUACUUAUAUUGGUGUAUAUCAGUAACUAUAUAUUUUGUUGGUCUUUUAGAGUGUUGGUACUCCAGGGGUGAACUCGGAAACCCCAGCGUUACCAAGAAUGUCAUCGUACACAUUCACGGUCAGGUGAUUUUUUUAAGAGAGAGAGAGACUACAUUUGCCUUCAAAAACAAUCCUAGUAUUGAUCAGUUUAUUUUUUCACUUUGUAUUAGUGCCUUUUUAAACUGCUGCCUUUUUUUAAAGCACUUUAAACAGCGGAAUAUGUGUCCAAUUUGACUUGAAUAUGACGCUCGGUGGAUGAGUGUGUCAUUGGUACGCAUGUUAAGUUGAGAAGUGGAGCUCACCGUGCUGCGACUUGGAGGAGCAACUUCUCCAAGUACAGACAAGACCUCGUGUCUGGAGAUAAAUGGUGUGUGAAUGAAAGCAUGUCCCCCAACCCCCUUCUGCAGCUUUAACUGUGUUUUGAAACUAGCUGUGGUUGGUUAUCUCUGCGUGUUGAUGCUGAGUUUAGAUUGAAAAGAGGAAGUGAGAAUGCUUCAGGCUUUUUAGAUAUGUUUUGGCUCCAGUUUAGAAGAAAACAACUGAAUCGAGUUGACUGAAGGGAGUCCGUUAUGUUCAGGCAGGAAGCUGCAGACAAUUGUCAUGACCAUGACAGCAGGCUUGGCACUACCAAGAUAAUGACAACACCGUUAAGGUUGGGGCCCAGUGAAUUAACACUAGAAAUGUAAAAGGUGCUUAUAAAGUUCAACUUGUUCCACCAUCUCAUCGGAACCCAAGAACAAGGGGGACUGAAACAAGCACACGCUCGCAUGGCGACAUUGUAUUGCAUACAUGUAGAUGUAAAAUAGAGUCAAUGCACACUCUGUGAAAACAGCCAAAUACAAUAUAAAUGUGGCAAAAGGCAUUUCGGUAUUCCUUUUGAUAGCUCUCGCAGUUCGUCAAAUAAUAUCUGUCUGCUCACUCGCUUCUCUCUGGUUUGUGGUGGAAAUAUCACGAGGGAAGUCUUUUAACAACCUCUCUGUACAAGUCAGGCUUUCCAGACAGAGUUCAAAACUUUAUUUUGAAAAGGCCAUUAAAGAUAACGAUCCAGAGAUCAGGAUAUAUGCUCCCUUGAAUCACAAAGCUGGAGUUAAAUGUUCAUAUGUGUAUAUUUUAUGAAAGAAAACAUUUAAAGAUUAAACUAAUAUUUUAAGAAAAAUAAUUAUCUGAAACUAACUUUAUUUAACUGACGGACCACACUGAUGUUGGCUAAAUCUUUGCUCUUAAAGUGGUUUUGGGCGGUCUGGUUGACAUUGCUCAUUGGAAGAUGUUCUUCGCUGUGUGUGUGUGUGUGUGUGUGUACACGGACAGAAGGCCUUGUUUGCAUGUAUUUGCUGUCAUCUCCGUUUCUAAAUGCCUUCAGUAAAGCGGCCAUCUCAGCAUUAUCGCUGAAGAGUUCCGCCCCCCGCCCUGCACACGUUUGAUAAUUUCUUCUGAAUCCUAGCACAUUGAGGACACACAAAUGCUGGGGUCUUUUUCUUAAAUACACGUGUAUAUAUUCUCUCCUUGAAAGUAUGCAUUAUAUCAAGCUGCUUAUGGUUUGGUCCCAUAACACCAUUUUUGUUGUUAAUGCUGAGUGACUAGUUCCAGCUACUUCUAACACAGCAGGGUAUAUUCAGCAUUUAUUAUCUGAUGUAUUGAUACUUGGUAAAGAAAUGGAGAAUGUAUUUAUCGUGAGCUGAAUCGUACCUUAGUCAAAAGCAAAGGCCAAGAGUUUGAAUGUUAGGCCAAUCGAACCGCACAUACAUGCCAACCUAAAGUUUGUGUGCACAACUUUUGUUCACUUUUAUGUCAAUGUUGUGUGUGAGGGAGUCUGAAUAUUGUUGUCAAUCAUUGUCAAUUGUCUCCACAAACCUGGAUUUUAUCUUUUUUCUUUACUUUAACUUUGAUGUCAAAUUUAGUCCUACUGACUGAAAGCUUAUGGGAAGCAGAAUGAGAAUCGGCAACACAGAUGGCGAUCCUUUCUUUGGUCAAACACUGUGCCAUAACUGAGUUGCCAAGCCCAGAUACCACUGCAUUGUCUCAUCACCAUGUUUCAGUGGGCGGAUGGCACGAAAUGUAUGAAACAUAAAAACAACUUGGUUCUGGUCUAAUGGCCAAAGUAAAAAGGCUUGAAAAGAUCAAGUGGAUGACAGGCAAAUUAUGAAAAGAGAUUGCAUUUCUUUGAAGAUGUCAGUAUUCUUCUUUGGCACAUUACCACUACAACUCAUAACCUGUAUUAAAAUGUAUAGACGGUGGAACUUGUUAUUAAAUGUCAGAGAGAUUAUAAAUAUACUACAUAAGAGAUGGUAAAUUACUAAAAGUGGAUUUAAAUUGUGUAAAAAGAUUCAGAAAACCGAAUAAAAAUAGGAUCAAUGUACUAUUUGUUUGUAUUAUAUUUAGCAUUGUGUUGGCAGAGGGAUAUUGAACAGAAAUCAGCUGUAAUAAAGUAAUUUUAGUAUAA